AGUAGUACAUUCGCGAACGCGCACCUCGGGGCGGGAGCGAGAGGAGAGGGGUCCUUCCCUGCUCUGUGAUGCGUGGUGAUGACGUUGCAGCCGCCGUGCCGUACAAGUCCCCAGCGGGUCGCGCGGAGUGCGCAGGCGCCGAGGGCCGGCUCAUUGUUCCCAGGCGAGAGGCGGCCGGAGCUGAGGGGCGUGCUCCGCGCGGCCAUAGUGCGCAGGCGCGGCGAGGCGUCCGAGCCUGUCCGGGGGCGGGGGUGAGUGACGUCAGGGCAGAAGCUCUAGAACGCGUCCCGGCGUCCCGAGCUCGGUUCCCCCCGCGAGUCCGGGGCGAGGCUUUUGCACGAGCGAGCGUGCUGCUUCCCGCCAUGCCUCCGCCCCGGGGAGACGUGACCGCCUUGUGCCUGGGACCCCCGGGCUCCGGGAAGUCGGCGCUGAUCCAAGCGCUGUGCGCCGAGGAUGCAGACCCGGUGGAGCUGCCCGAGGCGAUCCCCGAAGGACGGCCCGACUCCGGGGUGCCCCGCCUGCGAGCUGCGGGCCCGGGACUCUUCCUGGGCGAGCUGAGCUGCCCACCCGCAGCGCCCGGGCCCUGGGCGGCUGAGGCCGACGUGCUGGUUCUGGUGCUGCCCGGACCGGAGGGGGCUGCGGAGCCCUUGGCCCCGGAGCUGGGCGAGGCAGCACGGGCCGCCCUGGCUCGAGGAGCCCCGCUGCUGGCCGUGCGGAUCCUCCCUGGCGACGAGUCGCCGAAGGACGCGCAGGCCCGCGAGCAGACCACCGCCCUGCUGGCGGCCGCCGGGCUGGGAGCUGCGCCCCUGUUCAUGCUGCCUGCGGACCGGGCCAGCAGCGAUGGCCUCGGGGAGCUGGAGCGUCUGCGGUCGGCGCUGAGGAGUCGGGCAGAGGCACUGCAGAGGCUCCUACCAGCGGCCCAGGAUGGCUUCGAGGUACUGGGUGCAGCCGAGCUGGAGGCUGUGCGCGAGGCUUUCGAGACGGGAGGCCUGGAGGCAGCUCUGUCGUGGGUACGCGCUGGCCUGGAGCGCCUAGGCAGCGCGCGGCUGGACGUAGCAGUGGCUGGUACUGCGGACACGAGCCGUGUGCUGGGCGUGCUGCUUGGCUUGGACCCUGACGACGCAUGUGCAGUGCCUGCCUCUGCACCCACCCCUUUUCCAGCCCCCGAACGCCCCAAUGUCGUGUUCUGGAUUGUGCCGUUGGGUCCUACUGCCGCCUCAGCUGCCAGCACCCCUCACGCGACCCACUACGAUGCCCUCAUCCUAGUCACCUCUGGGGCACCGAUGGAGAAGGAUUUGGUGCAGGUGCGAGCCUUGGUGCCCCCGGAUGCAGCGCUGGUCUGCGUGCGAACCGAUGGCGAGGGCGAGGAUCCGGAGGCUCUGGGUGAAGCUGGAAAGGUGGAGAAGGCUGGCAGGCAGAGCCUAGGGAAGGCAGGUGUGGGCGGGUUGGAGCCUGCACCCGCUGAGGGGAGGGAGAAGCAGGGUGCAGGCGGGGAAGGCCAGGAGAAGGCUGGCAGCGAGUGUUCACAGGAGGGCAAUGGUGAGAAGACGGCAGGCAGCGCAGAUGCCCAGUGCUCAUCCGUGUUGAGUCCGGAGGACGAGACGUGGGAGGUGCUGGAAGAGACGCGGCCGCCCGUGUUCCCCCUGCGGCCCACUGGACUCCCGGGGCUGUGUGAGUGGCUGCGCUGUGCGCUCCCCCCGCCCCAGGCUGGGGCGCUGCUGCUGGCGCUGCCUCCUGCAUCUCCUGCCGCAGCCCGGAGGAAGGUGGCUGCGCUGCGGGCAGGGGCCUGGCGGCCUGCCCUGCUGGCUAGCCUUGCAGCGGCAGCAGCUCCAGUACCAGGACUAGGCUGGGCCUGCGAUGUGGCGCUCCUGCGGGGUCAGCUGGCAGAGUGGAGGCGGGCGCUGGGGCUCGAACCUGCGUCAUUGGCGCGUCGUGAGCGUGCCCUGGGUCUGACCCCUGGAGAGCUGGCAGCGCGUACUCACUUCCCGGGCCCGGUAACACGGGCCGAGGUGGAAGCCAGGCUGGGAGCCUGGGCUGGCGAGGGCACUGCGGGGUCCGCGGCACUAGGCGCACUUUCUUUCCUAUGGCCCGCGGGGGGUGCAGCGGCCACUGGCGGCCUGGGCUACCGCGCGGCACACGGUGUCCUGCUGCAGGCGCUGGACGAGAUGCAGGCAGACGCCGAGGCUGUGUUGGCACCUCCUGAGCCCACCCUGUGAGGGUUGAGGUGUGCCUCGCGUUCUGGUUGCCAGCUCCUGAGGGCAUGAGGAUCGAAGUCCUGUUGGGGGAGGGGCUGCGGGAGUGCUGAGGGUAACGGAGUCGGGGUGUCCUUGGGUAUUCUGGGUGCUUGUAGGGGAUUGGGUCGCCUGGAUUCCUGGGUCAGAGGUGGGGUUGGUAGGGAGUCUUGCCUCCUACAGGGAGUAGGACCCUGGACUCCCACAAGGGGGCGGGUCUUGGUCUCCAGGGAAGAAGAAACAAGGGUUACUGGAUCUGUAGGUUCUUGAGGCCCUGGGCUGGUUACCGCGGGGAAGAGAAACCUGAGGGUCCGGGGUCCUUUCAGUCCUCAGGGGUCUGGGGUCUGCAGGAGCCCAGAAACCUGGGA